AUGGCACAACCAUCAAUACCUUCAUCACCAGUUCAGCGUUUUCCCAGCCAUCCCUCGACAAAGCCAGCUGUCCCAUCGAGAGGAUGCAGCCCCAGGGCUCUAGCUCAAGGUGUUGAUCUUCCACCAAACAACAACCCGUCGCCGGAUCUCCAUGACACUACCGCAUCAUUAUCCGUAGCCGAUGAGUCCCUCCAAGCACGCAUCGAACGUCUCGGCCGCGAACGACCUCCGAUCUUUACGACCCGUUGGAGUGAGAUAAUCUUCGUCUUCAGCAUCUCCAUGUCUCAAUUCCUGACGGAAUACUUCGUCUCGGGAUUCACCGUCAUCCUCCCAACUCUGAUCAGAGAGCUCGACAUCCCACAGGCAGCCAGCGUGUGGCCAGCGACCGCUUUCUCCCUCGUAAUCGCCAGCACCUUGCUCGUCUUCGGCCGUCUGGGCGACAUGUGGGGAGGAUACCCCGUCUUCAUAUGGGGUCUUGCCUGGCUUCUUAUCUGGAGUAUGAUAGCCGGGUUCAGCAUCAAUCCGCUGAUGCUUGACUUGUGCCGGGCUCUGCAAGGGCUAGGAGCUGCCGCUUUCUUGCCUACUGGAGUCAUGCUUAUGGGCUCCUUGUAUCGUCCUGGCCCACGAAAGAAUCUCGUCUUUGCAGUAUAUGGCACUUCAGCGGUAUUUGGCUUUUUCGGUGGCAUUCUCAUGGCUGGCAUUGUAGGUCAAUUCACCCGCUGGGGGUUUUACUUCUGGAACGGUGCUAUCCUGACAGCAAUCACGCUAUUGACUUCGAUCUUGUCCAUUCCACGGCCUCAUUUAGAGGGUCAGCCGCCAAACAAAGUCGCAAUGGACUACCCUGGCGCCAUCACGAUCGUCUCUGGCCUCACCCUAGUCGUGUUCUCCAUCUUGCAAUCAGCACAUGCCCCUUCGGGUUGGAGGACGCCAUAUAUUCCACUAUGUUUCGGACUUGGUGUCUUGUCACUCCUUGCUGCAGUUUACAUCGAAGUACGCGUCGCUACUCAUCCUCUCCUACCAGCUUCUAUCUUCACUACUCCUUGCAUGAGCCCUCUCCUUUUGGCCCUCUUUCUGCUCUACGGCACCUGGGGCAUCUUCUCUGUAUAUGGCACACUCUACUUCCAGAAUAUCAUGUCCGCCAGUCCAUUGCAGGUGGUAGCAUGGUAUGUGCCUCUCGGGGUUGCAGGCCUCAUCUUCAGCAUCAUAGAGGGCUUUAUCUUGCAUUUAGUUCCAGGACGUGUGUUGUUGAUUAUUUCAGGUCUGGGCGCAGUAGGAUCACAGAUUCUCAUAGCUCUGAUUCCACCAGGGGGAAGCUACUGGGCUUGGGUGUUUCCCGCAGUCAUCUUCAGCACCAUAGGAAUCGAUCUGUCCACAAUCUUAUCGACAGUUUUCGUGACGACGAGCUUUCCUACAGCACAGCAGGGACUGGCUGGUAGUGUCAUUAAUUCUGUGCUGCAGCUGGGUGUAGCCUUUAUGCUUGCUUUGACAGACAUCAUCGAAUCAGCAACAGUAAAUGAGGCAGGAUUGGCGAAGAGCUAUAAGAACACAUUUUGGUUUGGAGUAGGCGCUGCAGCUGCGAGCCUGUUAAUUCUGGCAAUAUGGGGUAAGAUACCCAAGGCCAGUAGUGAUUUGACCGCGGAUGAGAGGGCCGAACUCCCGGAAGAGGCAAUUUCGGAACAGCGAAGGAACGAGGGCAGCAAUGGCAGUACUCUUGGAGAUACGUGA